AUCUGCCGUUGUCGCAGCAGUCCUGCACACUCCCUGUCUAGAGCAGAGAGCAGGGGACCCACAGAGAGAGAAGACACCCUCACAAGCAUCUUCCACAGGUCAUAUUUACUAAUCAGCAGCAAAGAUGGCCAAAGGAGAGAUUUCUGCUGAAGAGAUGGAGGAGCUGAGGGAGGCCUUCAGCAAAGUUGAUGUGGACUCUAAUGGUUACAUCAGCACGGAUGAGCUGACUGAGCUGUUCAAGGUGGCCAACCUCCCACUGCCGGGGUACCGGGUCCGCGAAAUCGUCCAAGAACUCAGCCAGACCAUGGACCAAAACAAGGACGGAAAGAUCUCCUUUGAUGAGUUUGUAAAGGUGUUCCACGGGUUGAAGAGCUCGGAAGUGGCGAAGACUUUCCGGAAGGCCAUCAAUAAGAAGGAAGGCAUCUGUGCCGUGGCGGGAACUUCGGAGCAGUCUGGCACGCAGCACUCCUACUCAGAGGAGGAGAAGGUCGCGUUCGUGAACUGGGUUAACAAAGCUUUGGAGAAAGAUCCUGACUGUAAACAUGUGUUGCCCAUGGACCCCAGCUCAAACGACCUGUUCACAGCGGUGGGAGAUGGCAUCAUUCUCUGUAAAAUGAUCAACUUGUCCGUCCCCGACACCAUCGACGAGAGAACCAUCAACAAGAAGAAGCUCACCCCUUUCACCAUCCAGGAAAAUCUGAACUUGGCUCUGAACUCAUCUUCUGCUAUCGGUUGCCAUGUGGUGAAUAUUGGCGCAGAGGACCUGAAGGAGGGCAGGCAGCACUUGGUUCUGGGUCUGCUGUGGCAGAUCAUCAAAAUCGGCCUGUUGGCUGACAUUGAGAUCAGCAGGAAUGAAGCUCUGAUUGCCUUGCUGAGGGAUGGUGAAAAUCUGGAGGAUCUGAUGAAGCUGUCUCCUGAGGAGCUGCUCCUGCGAUGGGCAAACUACCACCUGGAGCAGGCCGGCUGCUCCAAGAUCAACAACUUCAGCUCCGAUAUUAAGGACUCCAAGGCCUACUACAACAUCCUGAACCAGGUGGCCCCCAAGGGAGAUGAGGAGGGCAUCCCACCUAUCGUAAUUGACUUGUCCGGCCUGAGGGAGAAAGACGACCUGAAGAGAGCCGAAUGCAUGCUGGAUCAGGCCGACCGCCUCGGCUGCCGACAGUUCGUCAUGCCCCCCGAUGUGGUCCGUGGCAACCCUAAGCUCAACUUGGCAUUCGUGGCCAACCUUUUCAACAAAUACCCAGCCCUGAAGAAGCCAGAGAACCAGGAUAUCGACUGGAGCUCCAUCGAGGGUGAGACCAGAGAGGAGCGCACCUUCCGUAACUGGAUGAACUCUCUGGGCGUGAACCCCCGCGUCAACCACCUCUACGGGGACCUGGAUGAUGCCCUGGUCAUCUUCCAGCUGUACGAGAAGAUUAAGGUUCCUGUAGACUGGGACAAAGUGAACAAGCCACCAUACCCCAAACUGGGCAGCAACAUGAAGAAGUUGGAGAACUGUAACUACGCGGUGGAGCUGGGAAAGAAGGAGGCCAAGUUCUCUCUGGUGGGAAUCGCUGGGCAGGACCUAAACGAGGGCAACCGCACGCUCACCCUCGCCCUCCUCUGGCAGCUUAUGAGGAGGUACACUCUGAACAUCCUGGAGGACCUUGGCGAUGGGCAGAAGGUCAACGAUGACACCAUCGUCAGAUGGGUGAACGACACUCUCACAGAAGCUGGCAAACAUACCAUCACAGGUUUUAAGGACGGAUCCAUAAGCAGCAGCAUGCCGGUUCUGGACCUCAUCGAUGCCAUCCAGCCUGGCUCAAUCCGCUACGAUCUGAUCAAGGCAGAAGAUCUUACGGAUGAAGAGAAACUCAACAAUGCCAAGUACGCAAUCUCCAUGGCAAGAAAGAUCGGAGCUCGGGUGUACGCGCUUCCAGAGGAUCUAGUGGAGGUCAAGCCCAAAAUGGUGAUGACGGUCUUCGCCUGCCUCAUGGCCCGAGGCAUGAAGAGAGUGUAGUGCUGAGGAAGUUUCCACGUUUCGAGACCAAAGGAAGAUAGCAGAAUUAGCUGCCUACUACUUUAAUACGUUUCUGCUCAUAUCUACACUGUAGUCAGUUUAUUAGCAAGCAAACAAGCCUGGAAAUCACAGGCCAACAACGGACAGUGUUCUUUUCCACCUUUUUCCCCUCUUCCCUCUGUGAUUGCUAUCAUGACCGUAGCGGGGUAACGGAGUUGAAAUAGUGACCUGGAGAAGUUGUGAAAUGAUGCUUCACAUUCUCUACCAAUCAUACGGGGGUAGAAUAUAUUUCUAUGAUCAGUGCACAAGAGUUUUGUCUUUAAGUCAGAAGGAACAACAAAAUAAAACCUGACAGUUUUCUACUAAAA